AUGAGGUGGACCCUAGAAUUUCGACAAAGAAAGGAUGCUUCAAGAAUUCCAGGUCAUAGCCCAUACAUGAAAAUGUAUGUCGUUAUGAAGUGUCUUUGUAAAGGUAUCUCACCCGAUAACAUUGAUGAUUAUACCCGUAUGGAUGCUUCUACUACUUAUUAUUAUAUUAAGAAGUUUUGUGAUACAAUUAUGUUUGGGUUUAAUGCGGAAUACAUUAGACGUCCAACUGUGAAUGAUGUGAAGUGCUUGAUGAAGGAAAACGCAGCUAGAGGCUUUCCAGGAAUGCUUGGUAGCCUGGACUGUAUGCAUUGGGGUUGGAGGGUGUGUCCACAAGACGAGGCAGGAACACACACAGGCCACAAAAGUUAUCCCACCUGUGUUCUUGAGGCGGUUGCUUCAUACUAUAGGUGGUUUUGGCAUGGGUAUUUUGAAGUGGGUGGAUCCAGCAACGAUCUUAAUUUUUUGAAGUCCUCUAAUUUGUUUGAUAACAAUCUCAAUGUCCAAGCUUACGGUGCACCCAGUGAUAUUCCAAUUCUCGAGUUAUUUAACAAAUAUCAAAUGGCAAAGAGGAAAGAUGUGGAACAGGCAUUUGGGACACUGCAAAACCCACCUCAUGCACCUAUAGUCAGAUACCUGAGGCAGACAAGCGAUGCAUUACAAAACCCAGUUCUCCAUGAGAGACUUCGUACGGAUCUUACAGGUCAUAUAUGGGAACGACAUGGCCAAGGUCUAAGGGAUGGUGAAAUUCCUGGAGAUGCGAUAGACAACGAGCUGGAUUCAGGAGAAGACACGGACGAGGUUGAUGUUGAUCAAGACCAUUACGACCCAGAAUGA